CAAAUACUUGCAGUUAACGCACAUACCAAAUCUCCCAGUCUCUGCUGUAUUGUCACAUGGCUCUUCUUAAUGCCAGCAUCAAGUCCACUCGCCAAGCUUUUUGUGCACCAGAUUCUGCGAGAGCCAGAGGCUGUUUGGAAGUUUUGUCAACGAUUCAUCAUCAAUGUUCUCAUCACCUUCAAGUCUUCCCUCGACGGUUGAAUUGCUGACCCGUCUAUUCAGUUCAUACAAGGUCACCUGUAAUAGAUAUUCCCCUCCCACAGGUCAAUUAUCUUGGCGCAAUUCUGUGAUGGGUGCAUCCGGCACCGGCAAUACUUCGAUCAUCGAUCAUCCUCCACCGAAGAAGCAUCCAAUAUCUUAUAUCGUCGCUUUCAAAGUCAUUCUUGUUUUCAUUCUUGUUCUUCGGUGCAGGGAUGACGCGGGCGUUUCCUAUCGUCAUGGACUUCUAGCCGGUGUCUUCAAUCUUCUGUCGUCAUAUCUCUGGUAUCGUCUAUCCUUCUAUCACUGGUGCACAAGCUGGAACAGAUAAGGACUGCAAGGGGAACCAAGGCCAGACCUCUAUAGCGGGAGGCUACGGCACUCUCUAUCCAGGACUGACUACGACACAGGCGCAGAACUCCUGCUACUACGCCAGGACACUGGCACUCCCGACGACCUGCGCC